AUGCACUCCCAGACGCCGAUAUCUGCAUAUCCAGUGCGGGAUUGUUCUCCUGCAGCCAUUCCUUUUCCGUCUGUGUUUGGAGCAGAGAUCAUAUCAAUCACUGCCAACCGCGUCGACGAUGCCUCUAUCCCUAUUGCGGCGGAGAACCCCUUUGGUCGCCGACCCGAGAAUGCUGAAAAUUUCAGCUACUGUAAUGUCACUGUCUCACAUACCCAUCCAGGAUGGGGCGACACUCUUCGGACGCAGGUCUGGUUGCCAACGGAGAAUUGGAACCGACGCAUGCAGGGGAUCGGGGGCGCCGGGAUGGUCGCCGGCCUCUUCCCCUGGAAUGAGUUCCCUAUGUACAGCGCCGUCGGUCAAGGCUACGCCGCGAUGACCGUCGAUGGGGGACUACCGAGCUGGACGACAGAGGAUUGGGCUCUGCUCAGUCCUGGCAACGUCAACAAGUACCUCCUGGAAGAUUUCGCGUCACGAAGCCUCGCAGAUGGGACGUUGAUUGCGAAGAGUGUGAUCGAAAGCUUCUAUGGAGAGGCACCCCAAUACUCUUAUUGGGCGGGAUGUUCGCAAGGGGGCCGUCAAGGCAUGAUGCUCGCGCAGAAAUACCCGACCUUAUACGAUGGCAUUCAUGCCUCAGCUCCAGCUUUUAACUGGAACCAUCAAAUAGUUGGCAACUUCUGGCCACAGCAGGUUAUGAAUGAAAUGGAAGAGUACCCACGGCCCUGCGAGCUCCAGGCUCUUACAGAUGCUGCCAUCGAGGCAUGCGACGGCCUUGAUGGUGUCAAAGAUGGUCUCAUAUCCGAUAUGGAUGCAUGCUAUUUCGAUCCAUUCACCCUGGUCGGGAAGAGGAUCGGAUGUCCGGAUGUGCGGGGAAGGAUUCCCAUCAGCCAAGCCGCAGCGAUCAUUGCGGACGCCGUGUGGACCGGCUCGAAUGGGAACUCUCCUGAAUAUGGCAUGAUUGAUACCUAUGACCCCGAUUUGAGCGCCUUCCGUAAAGCUGGCGGCAAACUUGUCACAUUCCAUGGGUUGGCCGAUGAAAUCCUCCCGUUCGGAAACACCCGAAACUACUACGAAGAAGUCACCAAGCGAGACCCCGAUGUGGCAGACUUCUAUAGGUACUUUGAAACUCCUGGUCUCGGUCACUGCGGCGGCAACAUUGGUCCCGUUCCGAACGGAAUCUUCGAACGGCUGGUUGAUUGGGUUGAGCACGGGAAAACUCCCGAGUCGUUGACGGCGACUGGACCUCCUGAUAAACGUGGAAAGGUGAGAAAUCGGAUCUUGUGUCCGUAUCCUCAAAAGGCAAAGUAUGAUGGGAAAGGAGAUGUGAAUGCAUAUGACAGCUGGUCUUGCCAUUGA